GCUAGUGUAGUCAAAGUCAAAGAGUCAAAGAGCAAAUCGGAGUUUAGCUAGAACCAUCGCGUCUCGGCCAGAACCAAGUAGCUUUAUAUCUCUAAACUUAAAUGUGCAAUACUUCGGCACCAGGAAAAGGACGUGCGUCGAAAUGACAAAGCCGUGUGUGUCCAGAAUGCGCCACGUGUCCGGAGCUUUGAUCAUAAAAUAUUGGCACACAGGGAAGAUAUUUAUCCACAAGAGUAGUCUAGAGAAGGCUAUAUAACCUUGGUUUUACGUCCUGCUGUCGAGCAUUUGUUGUUUUCGUUUGGUUCACACACAGUUGAGGGUGAGAAACGCACACAGUUGGAGAGGAGAUUCGGGAUUGGGGUGAGGAACCUUAGGGAUUGUCGGAGGUGUGGGCGUGAGGAUCAUGAUGGCUGAUAUUGUGCAGAGAAACUCUAUGAUGGGUCUAAUUAAACAAGAUUCUGAUACUGGAACCCCGCGCAUUGGUGAUUCCAGGAAGAGGAAGUCGCGAAGCACCAAGACCAAAAGUGUUGCUGAGACCCUAGCUAUGUGGAGGGAUUAUAAUAAGAAGCUUGAUGCGUUGAAUGCUAGUGCUAAACCAAUUCGCAAUUUUCAUGCUAAGGGAUCAAAGAAAGGAUGUAUGAAAGGGAAAGGGGGUCCUGACAAUACGCGCUCUAAUUUUAGAGGUGUGAGGCAGAGAACUUGGGGCAAAUGGGUUGCUGAAAUCCGCGAGCCUGGUGGAGGUAGUAGAUUGUGGCUGGGGACAUUCCCAAAUGCUGUCGAAGCUGCUCUUGCCUAUGAUGAAGCUGCAACAGCUAUGUAUGGAGCUGGUGCUCGACUUAAUUUACCAGAUUUUAGUUCCUACAAGGAGGAGUCUGGGGGAUCUGCUGCCCCUAGCAUGUCAUGUGCUGAUUCAGUGCUUACUACUACUACUUCCAACCGCACGGGGGCUUGCAUUGAUACUGAUCCGAAGGUGGGGAUUGCCGAUUUGGAAAUGAAGUGCAGUGAUGUGGAAGGUGAGUCGAAAGCUCCUGCUAUGGAAAUGAAGUGUAGUGAUGUGGAAGGUGAGUCGAAAGCCUCAGAAACUCAAAAUUACCGAAGUCCUGCAGUGGUGGAAGCUAUGACUGAAGUGAAGGAUGAACGAGUGGAGAUCAAGAAAGAGCAGGAGGAUAACAACGACAUAUUUAACAUUGACAAGGGUCUUCUGCUAGGUGAAAUGUUUGAUGUUGAUGAGCUCCUACAAAGCUUAAACACCUAUACUCUCCCUGAUCAGGCCAGCAACACUGAAUGGUUCUACAACAAUGAUCACGACAUUGGGCACUUCUUGCAAGAUGACGAGCUUAUAGCGAACCCCUCUGAUUUAAGUAUCCAGCAGCAAUAUCCUGAUAUAAAGCCAGAUGAUAUGUUUAAUGAACAAACAGGGUAUAAUCAGGAUCUGGAAUUCUUACUUCCUGGCAGGCCUGAAGAUUCCAAUUUCUCACCGGACGAGCUCAAGCUACUUGGCAUGGAUGCAAAUUCCGGGUUUUAAAGAGUAGAGCAUUAUCUGAUAUAGCAAGCAAAAACUUAGGGUCGUCUCACGGAGUUCACAUGGACCAUGAAAUGAGCCAAUUUCCCAUCUUUCUGGUGAUUUAGCACCAAAAACUAAUGUCUGUUUCUUUAAACGUUUCUUUCUUUAUUUUCCAUUUGCCUGUUCUGGUUGGUUAAACUAGUUUAUUAGACUAAGCUGCUUCUUAGGGCAGUAUGUUGGUGACAUUUUGCUGUGAAUGCUUUAAUGACUAUCCUUGGUGUACAUAAUCAGUGUUUUGCUAGUUUGUUAACUAGUUUGUAGGAGUUAGUUCUAUCAGGUUACUAUUAAAUUUUCUUUGCAUGUACUGUGUUAUCAGUUAGUGGAAAUAGCAUAUCAGUUUUUCCCUCUAGUUUCAAAGCAAACAAGUGUGUGUAUAUUGUGAAUACCAGGUCUGUUAACUUACAUGUUCCCGGGACUAACAUUCUCGUCGUCAAACAUUUCUGGUGAUAAGAUCAUUUCAUCAUCACUUAAAAAUGUAGAUCAUCUCUUAAAACAUGUAGAAAUGACAGGCGUUCAAUGAUCGUAUCUCCAAAAGCUGUUUCUGAUUCUCAGAAUUCUCAGACCUGUCUUGAUCCUGAAGCUAGCCCAGUACGCUCGCUCUUUCUCUAUAUCUAAUUGUAUUCGUUGCUUCAUUCAUUCAAUUUUUAUGCUCUCUUGAAGUAAGCUAAGCAUUGAUUAUUUAAUUAGUAUAGCAGUACUAAGUAGUACUUCAAUUCGGGUUCUUAAAGCUAAAUUAAUGUACUUUUUAUUUGUUACUUCUACUUCUUGUUCCUCGCCUUGAAAUUACCGCAUUCACAUGAGUUGAAUCGUUUUUUUUUUAAUUAUUAUUAUAGGAGGGGUUUGAGUUGAUUGAUUAUUUAUGAUGUUACAAAAAUUGUGUUUGGUUUAUAUUUAUACUUUCUGGCCAAAAUGUGGGAGUGGAUUGGUAAGAGGAUUGGACAUUGUUGCUUAAUUGGUAGAAAAAUUGGAGUUAAAUAUUUUGAUAAAGACUUCCAUGAUCUUAGUUGGAUUGAUUAUGUACUGUUUGGAGGGUUAAGCAUGAUACUUGGGGAAUUUUUUGGAAUGUGGAAUUAGGUUAAUGGCGCGAUUUUGGAGCAGACUGGGUACUUGUAACUAAGUAGCCCAGAUUUCCGUUUUGAUAGUAAGUGCCACUUACUGGUUUUGUUUGGAUGAAACGCUGUUGAUUACAUGUGCAUUGUAACAUGUUGCAUUUUCAUGCUCAGUAAUGAGAUUUGCAAUAUAAGUAUUGAAUAGGGAUUCACAUAUAAGCAUUCUUACAACAUCUGGCUAUAUAUGAGAUUCUCUGCAGAGUGUCUUGGGAAUUAUUCUUGGAGGUGGAGAUGGUACUCGUCUUUAUCCUCUUUUAAAGAAGAGGGCAAAACCUGCGGUUCCUUUAGGAGCAAAUUAUAGGCUUAUCGAUAUCCCUGUUAGCAAUUGCUUGAACAGUAACAUAUCAAAGAUUUAUGUUCUUACACAAUUCAAUUCUGCAUCUCUCAAUCGCCACCUUUCACGGGCUUAUGCAAGUAGCCUGAGUAGUUACAAGAAUGAAGGACUUGUUGAAGUUCUUGCUGCUCAGCAGAGUCCGGAGAACCCAAACUGGUUCCAGAAUUGCAAAAUUCACCAUUCAGUGGUCGGCCUUCGAUCUUGCAUCUCAGAAGGUGCAAUUAUUGAAGAUACUCUGUUGAUGGGAGCUGAUUAUUAUGAGGUAAUAGUUACAUCUCCAGGAGCUGAAUAUACUUCUUCUUAAAUAUAAUAAUUCCUUUUCAAAUAGUACACAGAUGUUGUGUUUGGUUAGAGAAUGAAAUUAUAUGGAAUCAAAUCAUAGUUUUACCAUAUUAUGAGUAAACAUUUAUAAUUUUCAGUUCUUCUAUUCUAUUCCUACAAAAUGAUCCGAAACUCAGAAUUAGCAAUUUGAGAAGGAAUGCUCCACCCUACUGAUUUUUUGCAAGCAGCUCAUCUGAAAAUUUUAUGCUCCCCUAUUUUUUAAGUCUUCUUUCCUACUUUCACUUUCUCCCCUUCAAUUUUGUUCACAAUUCAUUCCAUUCUCCUGAAGCAAAAGAAGGUAAUGGGAGACUGUUAAAGGCUUGUAGAUAACCUUGUCAUAUCUGGUUAUAGUGUCCUUGGACAGUUAAGCCAAGUUUACCUAUAAGCAAUUGUGCGUAGAAUGGAGACAGCAAAGGAUUGUUGAAAACCUCAUAUGUGUGGUUAUUAUUUGCCAAGGGAGUUGAGCUAAAAAUACCAACAGAAAGACUUUAGCUGCGAAGGGUAGUGUCCCCAUCGGUAUUGGCAAGAACUCUCACAUCAGAAGAGCAAUUAUUGACAAAAAUGCUCGCAUAGGGGAUAAUGUGAAGAUCAUAAAUAGCGACAAUGUCCAAGAAGCAGCAAGAGAAACCGAUGGUUACUUUAUAAAGAGUUGAAUUGUGACAAUAAUAAAAGAUGCUUUGAUCCCCUGUGGCACUGUAAUCUAAAGGUCUUCUUCUUGAUGUAUCCAUAUUGGACCAUAUUCAUCUCCAACUUGUCAAACUAAGAAGGGGAACCUUCCAUUUAAAAAGUGAGCUCAAUGUGUAUCUCCCCCUCACUUUAGCAGCGGAAAACAUGACUUAGAGAGAUUUAUGAUGUAAAAUGCAAUUUGUAAGCCGGUUAAUUUAUUUCUGCUACCUGGGGUUUAUAUCGGAUUUUUAUUAAUAUACUGAAAAGGAGCUUUGCAGGGGUUGUACAGAAGGACAGUAAACAAGACUUGUCUAUCCGAAAAUAUUUCGGAAACAUAGCAUCUGUGGUUGUAAGAUUCUGCAGGCUUGUAAAAGAAAGUCAAGAAGACCCUUCUAUUGUAUCUUUGUAAACAGAUUCUUGAUCUUGUCGGAACAAGUUUUUUUUCA